UGACAUGAUUAUAAUACUAGUUUUUCGCAAACAAUCAAAAGUCAAAACAACUGUGAGUUAUGCGCGUUAUUAGAAGUUGUGAAAACUGUAGAUAAGAAUUCAAGAAAAUUCUUCUAAUAUUUCCAUGCAGCAAUUUUUUAAUGAUAAGCACAAUUUUGUAUUAAUUUCUUUCUUUUUUUGGAUAAAAUUAACAUAACGCGCUGCAUUGAAGGCUUAAGAGAAAAAUGUCGUCUGCUCAUGAAAUAGUGACUAUUCAAGCAGGGAAUUUUGCAAAUUUUAUUGGAACUCAUUGGUGGAAUAUUCAAGAAUCUUCUUUUUGUUAUACGCCUGAUAGCUCAAUUCCAUUAGAUAUUAACCAUGAUGUGAUGUUUAGAGAAGGUUUGAAUCUUCGUGGUGAAGUUACAUAUACACCUCGCUUAAUUCUUGUUGAUUUACAAGAUAAUCUUACAAGUAUAAGAAAAGAAUGUCCUUUGUACAGAUCUCCUACAGAAGAUGAUAGUAAACCUCUAUGGGAUGGGCAAGUUGAAGUUAUUAAAGAUGAAGCUGUUAAGAAGAAUCCUUUUCUUGAUGAAUUUGAAAAAUUGAGUAAUCCAUCAGCAAACAAUGCUGAUGAAACAGAAAAAAAAGAAAAGAAAAUUUCUAAUGUUUCAUAUGAUUUUAAUUCGCCUACAACUAUAUGGUGUGACUUCUUGAAAACAAAUCUACAUCCAAGAAGUUUUUGUUUGUUUCAGGAAAUUAGUUCCUCUAUAGAAAAGACACCUUUUAAUUUAUAUAGCAAUGGAGAAGAUUUAUAUGAAAGAAGUGGAAAAGAAAUGAUUGAAGAUGGUAUAAGGAGAAUGACUGAAGAAUGUGAUUUUCUACAGGGUUUCCAUUUACUUUUUGAUGCUCAUAAUGGCUUUUCUGGAAUAAGUAACAAUAUCCUUCAGUAUCUUGAGGAUGAAUAUAAGCGUAUACCUUCAUUAUGUUUUCCAGUUUUCCAAGAAAAGGGAAACAUGCCUAUACAAGAUAUUAAAGACCAGAUGAAUCGUUUGUAUGCUGUGUUAAAUUCCAUGAGCAACUUGAAUAGAAAUUGUUCUUUAUUUUCACCAUUAUCCUUAUCUGAUGAUAUUGUGACACAAUCUGAGCCAUACAAAAAUUUCCCUUUCAUUGAUUACAAUCCAAAUCUUCUGUAUCAAACCAGUGCAAUUUAUGCAACUGCUAUUGAGACUCUUACUUCUCCUUUUCGUUUGAAAGCUAUGAAAUUUACUAUGAGUGAUAUAACAUCUUCUAUGUCAACUUAUGGUCGAAAGUUGGUGUGCUCAAGUACAUGUUUGCCAUUCCCCUUAAGUCAUGAUGCAUAUCUUAGUUCAAUGGUUGAAAAAGAUGUACCUGAAUAUUACAUGACUUCUCUCACUCCAUUUUAUAAACCUGAUUCAGAAAGAACACUUUUCCAGUCAUCUGUGUUGAGAGGUGUUCCAAGGAAUCGAUUUCAAAAACCUGGAAAGUCACUUUUUCGAUCUUCUGAAUAUGAAGAAAUAUUUGGAGAAUAUUUAAACAAAUAUUCACCUAGUAGUGCUACAACAGCAACUGUUUUCACUGAAAAAGUCAGCAUAGAUGUUCCUUUCCCCAAAAUUUUUAAAUCUGCAGUUAGUGAUUGUGACUUGAAUAAAGAAGGUGGUAGCAAAGUGCCAAUGGCUGCAUCUUUUUGUAAUUCAGAUAGUUCUGGAGAUUUUAUUGAAAACAUCCUGUCUCAAGCAACUAAGUUAUCUUUUAAGGAAUAUGUGAAAUGUACUGAAGCAACUUAUGAAAAAGACAACUACAUAGAAAUCAUUGAAAAUUUAAGAGGGCUUCAAGACAAUUAUCUUAAUUACUAAUCCAGUGUUUAGUAAAUAUACACUAAAUUAAAUUACAGCAUUCCUUCAUCUAAACUGCUAUAAAUACUUCAUUUUAAAGAUCAUCUAUGAAUUUUUAUUCAUACAUAAAUGUGAUUUAUGUAUGAUUCAAUAUAAUUUGACUCUUUUGUGUUUCAUUGUCUCUUUUUAUACCUGUUAUUCAUUUUUUUUUUUUUCCUUCUUAUUUAUUCAGAUAUGAAACAUGAUUUUUUAACACUUUGAUUCAAUCAAAAUUGUGCUAUGACGUAUAAUUAAGAUUUCAUAUAAUAACUCAUUAAUUUUAAAAUAAUUAAAUUUUAAAUCAAUGGAAGUGAGUAAUUACAAAUAGUAUAUAAUAUUUUUAAGCAAAAUAUGACAUUUUUUAAUUAACAAUUGCACACCCAUUAUAUUUCUCUUUUUCAUAGUUUGAAAAUGUGAAAUCCUCUGAAUAAUGCUCUGAGUUUACUCUGUUUACUUAACUAAUAUGUAUCAAACCUAAAAUGCUCUUUCAACUUACUUCCCUUUUGAAAUUUUAAAAAUUCAAAAUGCUCUGUCACUUUAAUUUUUUCCUCUCAGUUUCUGCCUUCCUAUUUGAACUAGGCCUGUAUUUGUCAUGGUUCUCACUAAGAACUUUUAAAUGCAGCCUAAAAAUGAAUUCAUAAAGAAAGAAAGAUUCACCAGAAAGAAAGAAAGAUUUUUCAAAAUUUAAGCAGGAUACCAUUCUUGCCAUGAAGACUUCAGUGAAAUUCAACUCAUCCAUCACCCCUGGCCUUUGUUUGUUUGAAAUUGUCACAAAAUAUAUUUAUUUUGCAUGAUGAUAUUUUCAAUUUAUUUUCAAGAAAAAUUCAAAGUGUACUUAAAAAUAAAAAAAUUCCGAAAUGCUAUAUUGAGCUUUGUAUCUUGCUUAUUUACAAAACUUCAUGAUGCUUCAAUAAAUAUUUUGCUACCAUUUUA